AUCGCCGCUCUGUAUAGCGGCCUCUCCGACGCCGACCGCGCCGCUAUUAUGCGCCGUUUCCGCUCUGGCGAUAUCUGGGUCCUUAUUACCACCGACAUACUCCCCCGCGGCGUCGACUUCGCCGGCGUUAACGGUAUCGUUAACUACGAUAUCCCCGGCUCCACCGCCACCUACGUCUACCGUGCGGGGAUUACCGGCCGCGCCGGUCGCGAGGGCGGCGUCGCUAUUACCCUAUACACUAAGGACGAUAUCCCCUUCGUUAAGACUAUCACUAACGUUAUCGCCCUUAGCGAGCGCUAG